AUGGCGCCCGUGCCUAUUGAGCACCCGCCCAGCUACAUCCCAUUAGCUCUGUCCACAACCCACAUUGGUCUAGCCGUCUAUCUGACAUAUGCCGUGGCCGCGAGCUUAUACACAUCAUAUAAGUCCUUAUCGCCGUCGCAGGAUACCCGCAAGCGCCUCGAACGCCGUGUCAAGCUCGCGCCCAUUUUCUUGGGCCUCGCUGCCGCGUCACUGGUGUUUGCUACCUACUCGUCCAUUGUCUACGCCACCUUGUCCUAUAAAGCAUGGGCUGAUGACGGUGGAUUUGAUCUCCCGCAACGAUUUAUCGGAGAAAAGGGUUUCUUUCCCGGUACUCAGAACUCCAGCCAGCUGUAUCUGGCAAGAUGGUUAAGUGACACGCCGGUUUACUACGAUGCCCUAGAGAUCGUGGCCGAGAAGGCUCGACGCUUCUGGUGGAGCCAGCAGGUUGACCUCUCCACUUUGUCAUGGAGUAUCCUGCUGGCUAUCGAAGGGCGUCGCCGACGGAUUCCCUUGCUCACAGCCUUCCUGGCCCUGGCCCAUCUGGUCAACCUGUCAUUUGCGCAGAACCUCUUCUAUCUGGCACUCCUCCUUACGCCGGCUCCCAUCACUUCUGGAGAUGACGAACUCGAGCUCCCUGUUGUCCCUGUCCCUGCCUCGGCCUGGUCUCGUAUCAAGAGUACACUAACACCUGCCCCCAAACCGCUCAACUGGUGCCCGCACCCUGCGAUAUUCUUAGGCGCAGUACUCAUAAACUUCGCCGCUGUGUUCGUCUUGCCCUAUGCCGCCGAGACACCAUCAUUUGCCGUUGUUGCGCUGAUCGCCCGCGCCUCCACGUUUCUACCAGUCCUGCUACCCAAAGUUGUACCCGCUACCUGGGGCACGGUACACCCUCACCCCCAUAACGCCUACAGCUCAUUCACAACCCUCUUCCGGGUUCUUUCGGUGGUAAGCUUCGUCUUGCAUGCCAAAGCCAGCUUCCUCGGUUUGAGUUACAGCACGCCCGAUUCACAUUACCAUCGGCAUAGUCGUUUCUUGCCAUGGGACGUCGAGGAGCGUUCUGUAUGGGAGCAGAGCACCACCGCCCUGGGCAAGGUUCUUGGCUCUACGGCUGAUCACCCGGUCGUUGCAGCCGUCGGCAGGGACGCGCUCUUAUGUACCGUGAGUUUGGGUCUCUGGGCCGCGGUCAGGGCGAGCGACGUUGGCAACAUCUUCAUGUCUACUGUGCCCUUCUACGGGAAGCCGGGCGUUCCCGUCACCACCCACGAAGCCUCGCCUACUCCACAACCUGCCAUCAAGUCCGAGCCAGAGGCCACGGAGUCCCCGGAGCCCGAGCUAGGCAUGACGCUGCGCCGUCGCGGACGUCCGAAGAGCAGGGUCGCCAGCAUAGCCAGUUCGAGCGGCGCCAGCGAGGAGGUGUCUACGCCCACGCCGACGCGACGACGCGGCCGUCCGAGGAAGAACGUGGCCGAGGAGGAGAAGGCGUACGAGCCGUCGCCCGCCGAGGCUCGCGACGUCGUCGAGGGCGAUGUCCUCCCCCCGGAUGAUCUGGACUGGGAGAGCGCCGCCCUGGCCUGGGGCCUGGCUGCGUUCGGCGGCUUAGGCAGCGCGAGCGCCGGCGUUUUCGGUGCCGAGUGCAUUUCGAGAUGA